AGGAUCCUCGGUGGGCUCUGGGGAGCCUCGCUGGGCUCUGGGGAGCCUCGCUGGGCUCCGGAGCAUCGGCGACACCGGCCCCACUCCCCCCCCACGGCCCCUCCGCUGCUCCCGCGCCGGGGAGAGGAGGAGGAGGGAGGUGGGAAGAGCUGCGGCCCUGCCCCGACCCCGUUCGGCCCGACCUGGAUCUGAGAUUUGUUCCCGAGACGAUGGUCCCUUUCAGUUUCCCUCUGUCCAAGUGUGCACUUUGGGACCCGGUCCCCAUGGGUGAUGUCAUUGGAGCACACGUUACCUACUACAGAAACCCCAAGUUGUCUCUGCUGGAGAAAACCUUGCGUCUUGCCUAUCGCCAUGCAAAGCAGAGUGAGAAGAAAUCACUUUCCUGUUUUUUGCUUGGGACCCUUGCACUAAGUGAAGAUGGGGAAGGCGUAACGCUGACCAUAGACCGCUUUGAUCCUGGUCGAGAAGUUGCUGGUGGAUCGGGCAAAAUUCCGACUGCACCUCUUCCUGGAGACUUCUUGAUUCCAUGUACAGUUAAUGCCUGGGGGCCUUCUUCAGAUAAUGUUAUAGUGCACAGUGCUGAAGAUAUCAGCUCGGCUUUCAAGGGUCUGCAGAAUGGUCUGUGCAGCAAAGAAUCACUGGAUCUUUCUAAACUGCUCACUGUUAGAGCUCACAUUGUUUUCACAGAAAACCUGGAUAACCUACAUUUUAAUUUUCACUGGGCUUCUGUUACUGUGGCAAAUACCUUGGAAUACACCCCUGUGAAGUCUGUCCCAAUUAUUCCAACAGCCCUGGCAAGAAAUUUGAACAGCCCUAUGAGUAUUGCACAAGUUCGAGGAACCUGUAAAUGUGGCUACCUUACUAUGGACCAAACACGGAAAUUACUUUUGCUGCUUGAGUCCGAUCCCAAGGCUUAUGCUCUGCCGUUAGUUGGAGUUUGGCUGAGUGGAGUUACUCAGAUCUGUAGUCCUCAAGUCUGGGCCUGUUGCUUGCGAUAUUUAUUCAGUUCUUCGAUUCAAGAAAGGGUUUUUUCAGAAUCUGGGAGUUUUCUUAUUGUGCUUUAUUCAUUGACACACAAGGAACCAGAGUUUUAUGAGUGUGUUCCGUGCAGUGGACAGGCUGAACUGGGGUUUCAGAUCUUGACUUGCCAUGACACAGUACAGCUCUUCAAAAAUGUUGAACCCUCAGACAAGACCCCUAUCCAAUUUGAGCUGAGUGCAGAAAACCAAAAUGCAGAAACUGAGUUCUUCAGCAGAGUUUGCAAGAAACUUCCAAUCAGAAGUCCUCUCCAGGGCUCUUCACCCAGCAAGUUGUCAGCAAGCGAUCACGACUCUGGUGUAGAAGAUGAGGAUUUAUCCCCCAGACCAAUUCCAAGUCCUCACCCAGUGAGCCAACAGGUUACCAGGAUUUUUCCUUCAGUGCCAGAACUGUCACUUAUUUUGGACGGGAGUUUUGUGGAACCAGGACAAUUGUCUAAGCCUGUGGGGACUUCAAAUGCUAAAAGUCUACCCUCAGUGCCAAAUCAGCCUAUUAAAAAGAAGUCCUGCUUGAGGUCUACAUAUCAUCCCACCCAGCAUUCUGAAAACAGGCAGAAUUCUUCUGCUAAUAUGGGAGAUCCCUCUUUGAGGCAAUUACCAAAUGCUAUAAGCCAGAAAAUUCCAGCUUCGAUGCCUCCCAGAGGAAAGCAAGCUCUAGUACAGCAGCAGAUGCACUGUAAGAACACUUGCCCUCAGUCAAGAAAAAGUUCAGGGUCAUCUUCUCCUUCAACCCCUUGUAGUGGGCCUUCCCCAGAGACAUCCGUGCACCACCCCAGAAAGCCAUCGGAAAGACUUGUGUUGAAUCCCGAAAGUGUCACACCGCAGGGAGAGCCUCCGGUUAGGAGAACAUCAGUAUCCAGUUCCAAGCAGCUUCCUGCUGUUACACAGCCAGUCCUCUACAACUCUGCUUUCUCACCAGAGAGCUGCAGACACCCAGCAGACCUGCAGGUGCCAGCUCAAGUGCCACCUUGCUGCCCGGCAUGCAGCUGUCAGUGUCCUGCUUCCAUCCACUAUAAUCUGGUAAAUUCGUGGCAAGGAAUUGCAAAAAUGAGCCCCAAACAUGGAGCUGAGAUGCAGUUGGAGAUGGCUCAGCAGAAGCCCUGUGCAGUGCUCCAUCAAAAUAUCACUUGCCCAAAUAUUUGCUGCAAUCCAGGAUAUGCCACAGGCAGCCCUAUAAGCCCGAGCUAUCAUGGGAAAGCAGGGAGCUGUUCUCUGGACAGCAGCCUGUCACCUGGAACGAGGAUGCCGUCCCACUCGAGCCCACAGUGCUGUGCAGCCCACUCGCCCUGCCUGCACACGCCUGCUUCUAAAGCAGGAUCAGAUAAUGGAAUGAUGGGAUUAUCUCCAGAUGCAUACCGGGUUCUUACAGAGCAAGACAGACAACUCAAAUUACUUCAAGCUCAGAUCCAGCGCUUACUGGAGGCACAGGCUCGCCAGACGUGUUCCUCCGAGCCGGCAGCAGCAAUCCAUGCUCUGCAGCCUGAGAAGCAGAGGGACCUCGUUUCUAUGGAAACACAGACCUCACCUCGUCCGCACAAGAGGAGAAGCGUGAGCGUUGCUGUGAGCACAGGUGCUAGUUUAUUUUGGAAUACAGCCUCAGAAAAACAAGAUGACUCCAUACCACAAGGGAAAAAAGAGGAUGAAGAGAUUUCCAAGGAAGACAUAAGCAUCUCAAUUAGUGCUGAACAAGAUGCAAGUAAUACAAGUAUUGCUUCUUCUUUAAGAGUGGUUGACAUUCCCAGCUUCGUAGAGAGCACUCAUCUUGUGGAGGAAGGAACUAAUCAGAACAUUCCCCAAAAUGGAAACGUCUCCCAGGCGCUUGUUCGCCGUUCAUCCUUGGAAGAAAGUGUCAGCGUGUCUUUACAGAAGGAACCAUCGGAGGGAGCCAGCAACCAGGUGGUGGUAACAAGCGAGCAGAACUCAGAGCCACCCGCCUCGCUGCUGCCUCGGCAUCCCUCAGGGGAUCAGAGGCUUUACCAGGACUUGCUGGGCCAAGUAAACCAACUCCUAAAGUCCUCAGAAGAGCAAGAUCACUUGCCUGUAAAAUCUGUAUUUGUUAAUGAUGAUGGUCCUAAGUAUCAGGAUAUUGGUGGUUCAACAGAAGUGGCUUCAGAGACUGACACAGGAGUGGUGGAUAAAGAGAGUGUCAUUAGUGCUACACUCAAACAGCUGAAGAGUCUUGGAAUAACAUUGGACUCACCUGGCAAUAUGAAGAAAAAUACACACAAAGUGGAGAAUGCCAGCAUCUUGGCAUGCAUAAAUCCUGAAGCAGUGGUGCCUGGAUUAAAUUAUAUGUCAUUUGCCAAUGUCAGCAUGUGUGGCUUAACUCCUAACGUUGUUGAUCUGAGCAUGGAAGCAAACGCUAUAGCACUCAAGUAUCUCAGUGAAAACCAGUUAUCUCGACUGUCUCUCAGUCGCUCAGGCCAAAAUCCUCCUGCAGAUUUCUCUUUCCAAGACAUCUUGCAUUCAAAUACGGACAAGAGCAUGGUGGGUCUUAGCUUAAUUUCACCAAACAACAUGUCCUUUGCAACCAAGAAGUACAUGAAGAGAUAUGGGCUGAUACAGGGCAGCGACAGCAGUGAAGACGAAGAGGAACUGCAGGUUCAGGAUGGCAAUUCUGGCACAGUCAAAAAAGAAAGCGUGCCAGGCAAAAACUGUACCCCUGUGUUGGACAGCUUCAACCACUGGACUGAAUUGUCCAAAAGAAUGGAUGGAAGACUUCCCAUUCACCUAAAAGGUCACAGCAGAGAGUUGACUGUGACUGCUUCUCCACCGGAAUUAAACAACCCUAUAUUAAGAAAUAUUGCAAAUGAAAUUUUUCCUCCCAGAGCAGAUCAAGCAGAUGAAAACUCAGUUCAGUUCUUAAAGGAUUUAAAGUCGAAAACCAAAUUGUUACCUGGGAGGAUUGAAUUCACUGAGCAGCCUGGUGGGAAAGAUGGAGAUACUCAGGUGUUCCCUGGAAAUCUGCGUACUCCAACCCUUGAAACGUUAAACCAGUCAAACAGCAUAAAUUCUGUUGGCACCAUUCUUGAUGUGAAACAACUCAGGCAGUUGCCAAAGUUGUUCUGAACAUCCCCUGAGAUGGCUGGCAACCACUGUUACAAAUCAGAGGGACCUCUCUGUAAAAGAUGACAGGAAACCACGGAUUAAGCUGUCUUGGAAGAGGUCCCUCUGCUGCAGCAGUGUAAAACUUCACAGAGCUGAGUUUUCAGCCCAGGUUGGGGACAGCCACCUCUAAGUGCCUGGCUGAGGCAGUGCUGGUCAGCACUGACACAUGUGCGCACUUUUGUUUACAGUUAGGUGUGAUUUUAAAGCAUAUGAAAACCUGAGCCCAAGAUGUACUCUUAACAUAAUUUUAACAGUGGUUACUUAAAUGGUUUUCUGUUGACUUUUUAAAAACACUGAGUUUUCCAUGUUUGUGCCAACUGUGAGCCACUGAUACUGUGUGUGGCAGAGCAGGGCAGAGCUAAAGCACUAAUUUCUAGAAAUUUGCUGAAAUGGUUGUAUUACUGUGUGUGGGUUGUGUCUUGGGGGGAGGAAAGGGAAGUAUAACUGUGGCAUUACUUUGCAUAAAAUUAUCUUGAAUUUAGCCAAAAUGGCACAUGUAACUUUCUGUAUCAUGAAAUCUUUGAAGGAAAUUGGGGAAAACUAGCACUUUUUAAAAACUUUUUUUGUGAAUUUUUUUCUCCCCUUCAUGUUUUCUAUUUAUUUAAAAUUACAUACUGCUUAUAAAUGUCAGAGGUUUCAUUAAAAAAAAAAAAAUUAAUCUUUGGCCGUCUGAUGGUGCCUUUAUUUAAGACACAUGCAGCUCCCCAGUCACUGUUAGAAUGGUUAACUGGAAGUUCACUGGUUCACCUGCUCUUGAACUCAAGAAUUCUGAUACUGGGUGGUGGGGUAAGCAAAAAUAACAGAUUUGCUUUUUUCUGAGUUAAUAUACAAAUGUUCUGUCAUCAAGCACUACAGUCUGUCUGUUAAUGAAACAGCUCUUUCCCAUAACCACCUGCUGAUGAUACUCCACAAGGUGAAGAAGUUGGUUAUUG